AUGCAGACGGGCAAGGUCCCCAUCAACCUCAGGCGCUUCAUGGACUAUCUGGGCCAAGACCACCUCACCGGGGUCCUCUACGGCUUGGUGAACCUGAUCGUGUGUGUGCCGUCACUGGUAUCUUAUGCGCACAUCGUGUUCCCACAAGCGGAGUUCUUGCAGUUUAUGCCGGCCAUCGUCAAGAUCUACUUCCUCAGCUCUGCAGUGAUGCAGUUGGCAAUGACGCUGCUCUCGUCCAUCGUGUCCCUCGGCUCCGGAAGCUGCUGCACUUGCUGCUUCUGUUGCGCCCACUUCUCCCACCACCACCACCGCCGCCGCCGCCACGCCACUGCCGCAAUGGCGACGGCAAAGAUGGCGAUGGCGGCGACGAUAACCGGGCCGACGACAAGGAUCGUCCGCUACUGCUGA